GGUAUUCCCUGUCACGCAUAACAUGGUUAAGAUUUACUGAUAGGGACUGGAACGGAGCAAUUGACGUUCAAUGACGGAGCUUCUUCGUCCGAGCGGGUCUCGGGAUUCUUCUGACGUUGACAAGGAUGAAGUGGGGGCAUUCAACCUCAGAAGAAUCCCGUUACUAUUAAUCUGUGUCAUUCAACAGAAUUCAACCUAGAAAACUAACGGUAUACAAAUUACAAAUUCAAAUUUUCAAAUCACAGCUCCGCUUCGCUUCUGUCUGCAGUAGCCAGCGAUUUGCGCGACAAUUGUUUUGGAGAAAAUUCUGCGCGCCAUGACUGUGAAAGAGAAGGGAGCACCAGCUUUCGUUCCUUCGCUCUCUGUGUUCAAGGAUGGACCUAUCCUGAGUAACAUUUACCUGAGCGAUCCCGAAUUGGAAGACGAAGAAGAAGAGAGAAUACUGAAGUUGGGAAGGCAUCCGGCUUGUGAUAUAGUUCUGGAUCAUCCCAGCAUCAGCAGAUGGCAUCUGCAAAUCCAAUUUCAAAAGUCAUCUCAGGAGCCCCUCCUCACUGAUUUAUCUUCAGUACAUGGAACAUAUGUUUGUGGACAGAAAGCCACUCCCAAACUUCCGAUAACACUAUGACUGAAUGAUACAUUUACGAUGGGAGCUUCCACCAGGGUUUACAAGUUCCAGUGGCUUCCCUAUCCAUCCGAAGAAGAGGAGGAUUGCCCGACCCCAAAGUAUUUGCAGAGUGUUUAUGAACCCAACAAGCAAGCAUAUGCAUGUGGGAAUACAGGAGCUGGUGGAUCAAAUUCCUGGAAUAUGGAGUGUGACUGUGGAUAUAGUGAUGCAAGCAAAGAAGAAUCUGUUGAGGAAGAAGGGUAUGCCAAUACUGUUGAAUCCAUCUCCAGGAAUCUGGCCCCAUUCUUGUUUGAUGCUGUUCUGGAACCCAACAAACAAGAGAGUGAAUUUGACAAGGAAAACAUGGAACAAACCUUAAUGAAAGAGGGCGAUGUCAGAGUUAUCCACCCAUCUUUUUCUUGUGAAUAUGCAUACUAUUAUUUCUUUAUAAAUGAUAAUGUUGACAAUUACUCAUCAAAAAAUAAAAAAGAGGGUGGUGACAAAGUUUUUGAAUUAGAUCCCAAGAACCUGACUUGUGAUAAAAAUAAGAAACAAUUCUUACUGGAAGAGGAGUACGUGGAACUAGCUGAAUCAGUCCCAUGGAAGCCUGAACAACCAUCAGCCGCUCCACUUUCGGAAUCUCAUUCUCAUCUGGAUUGCUUCACUGUGGUAAAUGAUGCUGAGACGACACCAGUGCAGGAGAAUCAGAGCAUUCCAAGGGAAAAAAAUGAAGUCAUAGGAGCUUCAAACCUUUGGUCAACAAAGAAAAAAUAUGGUAAUCUUCUACACACAGGUUGCAUGGAAAUGAAUUUAAAUCCCAAGAAAACGAAGGAAAACCAGGUAGAGAUGACAAAGCAAAGAAGAAUUCUAAAAGAGAUUCUAAAAGAGAAUUCAAGUGCUGAAAUCAUCCUUGAGAAAAAAAAUGUGAGAUGUAACAAGAAACACGGGGUUCUUGGUGAAAAGAAGAGAGACUGUAGUUUGGAAGUAUUGCCACCAGAAAUUAGUGCUCAUGGGUCCUCUUCAGCUGGAUUUAACCCAGAGGACAAUGACUUUUAUCCAUCAGACAAGGAGAAUUGGACUUCAAAAAUUUUAUGCCAAGCAUCGAAAACAACUACAGGGAACAUUUGUAGAGUAGACCAAGACACUCAUCUUCUUCAAACAGAUACAGGAAGGGCACCAUUUCCAUCUCUCUCUCAGAAUUUAAGGGUGAAUAACAGACCGACCAGAAGUUCUUCCUUGAAGAAUACUAACAGAAGUAUGGAUAAUCAACAAGGCUUACACUCUGAGGUUCAAAUACCUGGAAUAGUUCAACUUCCAAACGUGGCAGACUCAAAGAAGAAAUGGCAUAUGGUAGUAGAUACUGGCUGCCUUAUACAUGAGGAAUCUAGACAGGCUUUGAAGCAACUGGAAGGCAUCAAAGGGACUCAUCUGAUCAUCCCUAGAAUUGUUAUACAAGAAUUAGAUUGUCUGAAACACCAAAAUAAGUCAAAGCAAGGGAUUUUCAGAUGGAUUGAACAGUGCAUGAUAAACAAGGGUUGGUGGGUUCAUGUGCAAAGAUCUGCAGAAUCCUUUUCAGUUGGAGAUGGUCUGUCACAUACUGCAGAAGAUCAUAUUCUUGAAUGCGCUUUACUCUAUGAAAGAUUACCAAAUGGUGGGCAUGUUGUAAUUCUGAGUAAUGAUGUUGCUAUCAAAAUCAAAGCUAUGGCUGAGGGGAUGUUAUGUGAAAAUGCCAGGGAAUUUUGUCAAAGUUUAUUAAGUCCUUAUUCAGAAAGAUUUUUGUGGUCAGAAAGCACUGCGCAUGACCACAACUGGACUGAAAUCAACAACAGAAACAACAGGAAGCCUUUUGGGUUGUCAAGGAAGUUGACAUACUUUGUCAUGAUGAGAAACUCUUUGCUUCAUCAUGAAGAACCAAAAAAGAAGAGUAAUGAGGAUGCAAAGGGAUUAAAGCUGAUCUUGCUCCAUAUUUGAACCUUCAGCUUCCUAUGGAAUAUGAAAGAUGACCGAUGGAACCUUACUGCAAGUGGCCAUCAGUCCAAUCCUCAGGGAUAUUACCACUAUGGAAACAUAGCUAUCUCAUGGACCAUGAGACUUGCAAAUUUGGCUUCUAUGAUUAACUGGAAGCAUAGAUAUGCUGUAAACAGUGUUUCAUUCAACCCAUCUAAUACUUCUUUGAAGUUGGCUGAUUAUUUCAAAAUACAGGGUGUCUUCAGCUUGGGUUAAAUUCCAGAAAAUCUCACAGGCGGUGGUGGUUGCCUUUAGACAGCUGUUAUGGCUGCUGAUUUCAGAGCUUUCAUUGAAAUUAUGUUUGAAAGCAAUAAAGACACAAUUCAAUCAUCAAGAUUCAAACAGUUUCGGCCAAUAAAUAUCAAGAUUUCAUCUAGCCAUGUAUGAAUAAUCAGUAUACAAUAUACCAUCUGUAAUGAUGCUAUAGUUACUCUUCUUGCAAUCAUCGUUGCUUGUUAAAUAUGAUCAUGUAUAUCAAAAUUUUUCUGUUUAUAAAAUAUGACUAUUAAACUCAA